AUGGUUUCCUUCUUAGUCUUUUUGUUUAUUUUUGGCAAAAUGUAUCUCAUCAUGCAAGGAAUUUUUUUUUUAUUUCUUUGUUUUUUCUCCUUUCUCUUUCUUCUCCUUUCUCUUUCUUCUCCUUUCUCUUUCUUCUCCUUUCUCUUUCUUCUCCUUUCUCUUUCUUCUCCUUUCUCUUUCUUCUCCUUUCUCUUUCUUCUCCUUUCUCUUUCUUCUCCUUUCUCUUUCUUCUCCUUUCUCUUUCUUCUCCUUUCUCUUUCUUCUCCUUUCUCUUUCUUCUCCUUUCUCUUUCUUCUCCUUUCUCUUUCUUCUCCUUUCUUCUUUCCUCCCUUUCUCUUUCUUCUCCUUUCUCUUUCUUCUCCUUUCUCUUUCUUCUCCUUUCUCUUUCUUCUCCUUUCUCUUUCUUCUCCUUUUCUCUUUCUUCUUUUCUCUUUCUUCUCCUUUCUCUUUCUUUUCUUUCUCCUUUCUCUUUCUUCUCUUUCUUUUCUUCUCCUUUCUCUUUCUUCUCCUUUCUCUUUCUUCUCCUUUCUCUUUCUUCUCCUUUCUCUUUCUUCUCCUUUCUCUUUCUUCUCCUUUCUCUUUCUUCUCCUUUCUCUUUCUUCUCCUUUCUCUUUCUUCUCCUUUCGCACAUUCUCUUUUCUUUUUCUCUCUCCCCAUCCUUGGAUCCCUUCCUCCAGAUUGCACCCCCACUAUCCCCUUUUCUCCCUACCCCGGAUCCCUCCUGCCACCCCUCUCUCUUGUCCUGGGUACUUUUAUUUUGCCCCUCACCUCCUCCUGUGCCGCCUUUUCCCUCUCUCUCUCAUUUCUUCUCUCUUUCUUCUUCUUCUCUCUUUCUUCUUCUUCUCUCUUUCUUCUUCUUCUCUCUCUUCUUCUUCUUUCUUCUUCUUCUCUCUUUCUUCUUCUUCUCUCUUUCUUCUUCUUCUCUCUUUCUUCUUCUUCUCUCUUUCUUCUUCUUCUCUCUUUCUUCUUCUUCUCUCUUUCUUCUUCUUCUCUCUUUCUUCUUCUUCUCUCUUUCUUCUUCUUCUCUCUUUCUUCUUCUUCUCUCUUUCUUCUUCUUCUCUCUUUCUUCUUCUUCUCUCUUUCUUCUUCUUCUCUCUUUCUUCUUCUUCUCUCUUCCGCUUCUUCUUCUGUCCGUCUGUCUUCUCUUCUCUUCUCUGUCUGUCUGUCUUCUUCUCUGUCUCUUCUUCUUCUCUGUCUGUCUGUCUGUCUUCUCUGUCUGUCUGUCUGUCUGUCUUCUCUGUCUGUCUGUCUGUCUUCUCUGUCUGUCUGUCUGUCUUCUCUGUCUGUCUGUCUGUCUUCUCUGUCUGUCUGUCUGUCUGUCUGUCUGUCUUCUUCUUCUCUGUCUGUCUGUCUUCUCUGUCUUCUCUGUCUGUCUUCUUCUCUCUGUCUGUCUUCUUCUCUCUCUGUCUGUCUGUCCGUCUCUGUCUGUCUGUCUCUGUCUGUCUGUCUUCUCUGUCUGUCUCUGUCUGUCUUCUCUGUCUCUCUUCUCUGUCUGUCUGUCUUCUCUGUCUUCUCUGUCUGUCUGUCUGUCUUCUCUGUCUGUCUGUCUUCUUCUCUCUCUGUCUGUCUUCUCUCUCUCUGUCUGUCUUCUCUCUCUCUCUCUCUUCUCUCUGUCUGUCUUCUCCUCUCUCUGUCUGUCUUCUCCUCUCUCUGUCUGUCUUCUCCUCUCUCUGUCUUGUCUUCUCUGUCCGUCUGUCUUCUCUGUCCGUCUGUCUUCUCUGUCCGUCUGUCUUCUCUGUCUGUCUGUCUUCUCUGUCUGUCUGUCUUCUCUGUCUGUCUGUCUGUCUUCUCUGUCUGUCUUCUCUGUCUGUCUGUCUUCUCUGUCUGUCUGUCUUCUCUGUCUGUCUUCUCUGUCUGUCUGUCUUCUCUGUCUGUCUGUCUUCUCUGUCUGUCUGUCUUCUCUGUCUGUCUGUCUGUCUUCUCUGUCUGUCUUCUCUGUCUUCUCUCUGUCUGUCUGUCUUCUCUCUCUGUCUGUCUGUCUUCUCUCUCUGUCUGUCUGUCUUCUCUCUCUGUCUGUCUGUCUUCUCUCUCUGUCUGUCUUCUCUGUCUGUCUUUCUCUCUCUGUCUGUCUGUCUUCUCUCUCUCUGUCUGUCUUCUCUUCUCUCUCUUCUUCUCUCUCUGUCUGUCUCUGUCUCUCUCUCUCUCUGUCUGUCUGUCUUCUCUCUCUCUCUCUCUCUGUCUGUCUUUCUUCUCUCUCUCUCUGUCUGUCUUCCUUCUCUCUCUCUCUGUCUGUCUUCCUUCUCUCUCUCUCUGUCUGUCUUCUCUCUCUGUCUUCUUUUAGGAAUUGAAUCAUACAAAUGA